AUGACAAUGAUACUAUGUGUGGCUGAAAAGCCAUCCAUCUCCAAGGCUGUCGCCGGUCACCUCUCCGGCGGCCAGUUCCAAACGGUCCGUUUGAAGUUUCCAGACGUCGCUGCUGCUGUUGUCUCUAUUCAUUCAUUGGACAAGAAAGAAAUAGCCGAGAAUAUACAGCGUCAAGCUCGGUACGCCCGGGCUUUGUUCAUCUGGACAGAUUGCGACCGUGAGGGAGAACACAUUGGUAGUGAAAUACGAGAAGAAGCCAGGAAAGGCAAGCCUGGCAUUGAGGUCAAAAGAGCAAGAUUCAGCAACAUCGAGCGGGCGCACAUAUUGCAAGCUGCGAGAAACCCCGUCGACCUCGAUGACAUGCAGGUUGCUGCUGUAGCAGCGCGCAUUGAACUGGAUCUUCGAAUAGGCUAUGCCUUUACCAGGUUUCUGACUAUCAACCUGCGCUCCUUAAACGGCCCGCUAAAAGACCUCGUCUUGAGCUACGGAUCAUGUCAGUUCCCUACUCUUGGCUUUGUGGUUGACCGAUACUUUCGCGUCAAGAAUUUUGUCCCCGAGACUUUCUGGAGCAUCAAGCUGAGCAUCAACAAGGAUGGAAAGAAUGGAAACUUCACCUGGACCAGGGGGCGCCUUUUUGAUCGAGCGUCUGUAAUCAUACUCUACGAACGGUGCAUCGAGGCCAAGACUGCAACGGUCAUCAAAGUACAGGAGAAACCGACGAGAAAAUGGAAGCCGCUACCUUUGACCACAGUCGAGCUUCAAAAGAUGGCCACAAAGUUCAUCCGUAUAAGCGGUCAGCAAACUAUGGAAAUCGCAGAGAAACUCUACCAAAAGGGUUUCAUCAGCUACCCCAGAACCGAGACAGAUCGCUUCGACAAAGGGAUGAACCUGCGGACCCUGGUGCAAAAGCAGACCCAAGACAGUAGAUGGGGUCCUUUUGCUCAGGGUCUGGUCGAUGGCGGGUUCCAACAGCCUCGCAAUGGCCGACACGAUGACAAGGCGCAUCCUCCAAUCCACCCAAUCACCUAUGCAACCGGCACCGCCCUCAGCGAAAUCGGGGCCGAAGCAGGAAGGGUGUACGAACUUAUAGUGCGUCGGUUCCUUGCGUGUUGUUCAGAGGACGCUCAAGGUAUGGCUACGGACAUUGAUGUGACCUAUGGGCCCGAGACGUUCCACGCGCAUGGUGUUGUCGUCAUCCAGAGGAAUUAUCUUGACGUCUACCCUUAUGAAAACUGGAACAACUCAGCGGAGCUGCCCCGGCUCACCGUAGGCGAGCAGAUCAUCCCGGCCGAGGCGAUGAUGACUGAAGGCAAAACACAGGCGCCAAGCUAUCUCACCGAGGCUGACCUAAUUGCUCUCAUGGAUGCCAAUGGAAUUGGUACUGAUGCCACGAUGGCGGAGCAUAUUCAGACCAUUCAGACGAGACAGUACGCACGCACGACAGAACUACCGGGACGGAUUGCUCAAGCUGGCGAUGGAGCCAUGGACGAGGAGGAUGUAGCCGCACCAGCCGGAAGGGGAGGAAGGGGAGGACGGGGAGGACGGGGUCGAGGCCGAGGUCGCGGUGGCACACGAGGAAGAGGGGGCGGCGGUGCAACCAACAGUGGCGGUCGUGGUGGUGUGAAGGUCUUUGUCCCAACACAACUUGGUGUGGCAUUGAUUGAGGGGUUUGACCGAAUGAACUUCGAGAUGAGCCUUGGCAAGCCAUUCCUCAGACGAGAGAUGGAGGCCAAAAUGAAGGCAAUCUGUGAAGGUCAUGCAACUAAGGAGGGGGUUCUCGAGGAGAGUAUACGGCAAUAUCGUCACGUCUACAAUCUAUCGGCUGAUAAUCUCCACGUUUUGCGACAGGUGAGCUUGCAGACAAUAUCUGUUCAAUUGACAUUUGAGCAAUUUGUCCCGAUGGCGGGGGUAAGCAGGCGGCUGUCAUGCCACGCGGCAGCAAGUUACGGAAAAAGGACAUAUUUUGGCAAGCCGAGCUUGUACCCGAGACUCCGAAUGCGGCUAUGGCAUUCAUUCAUGUGCAGGCAUCAUUGGUGA